GCCAAGUAAUCCAUAGUCACUCAGCCAACUUUGGCAUAAUUUAGUAUCAUUCAGAAGCUGGGUACUGUCUCUUUGUCUCACUUUGUCUCAUACUUUACAGUAUCUUCAUCAAAGUCUUUGUUCUGCGAUCUAAGCCAAAUCCCAGAAAACAGCUCCCUCUGUGCUGAAAGAGUGUUAAGCUGAUUGUUUUCAUUCUCCUACGAACUGAUUCCAGUCGACAACAGUAACUAUUAUGGCGUUUCUGAUUGAUAUUGGUACUGUAAUUGUUGGAAAACUUGUGGAGUUAACGGUUACACCAGUUGGACGCCAAGUGGGUUAUCUAAUCUAUUACAAUCGGAAUGUCAAAAAACUAGAGAAUCAACUGAACAACUUGGUUGCUGUGAGUCAGGACGUGGAGCGUAAGGUUGGUGAAGAAAAGAGAAACUCAAGAGAAGUUGAAGUCCAUGUCAACAACUGGCUGACAGAUGUCAAAAAGAUCACAGGAGAAGCAAAUGUGAUCUUGAAUGAAGAACAUAAAGAAAAGAUGAAGUGUCUUUGUGGAUUAUUUCCUAAUCUAGUGGUUCGUCAUCAGCUAAGUCGAAAAUCAACAAAAUUGGUAUGCGAAGUUGCUGAGAUCUAUGGGAAAAAAGACUUUAGCACUUUUGCCCAUUCUACCACCCCACAAGAUGUGCCCUCCAAAGAUUACGAGGCCUUAAGCUCAAGAACUGUAGUGGUGGACCAAAUAAUGGAUGUAUUGAGAAAUAGUCCUAAUAUCAACAUGAUUGGAGUGUAUGGGUUUGGUGGUGUUGGAAAGACCACGCUCGUCAAAGAAGUUUCCAGGCAAGCUACACAAGACAAAACAUUAUUUGAGGAUGUGGCUAUGAUAUUGGACGUAAAACAAAACCCAAGCAUCCAAAGAAUUCAACAAGAAAUUGCUGAGAAGUUAGGUCUUGACCUUCCUGAAAAUAAGACUGUUGCUGGAAGAGCACGUCUUCUAUCAAGCAGGAUAAAAGACCAAAAGACUCUGGUAAUUCUCGAUGAUGUGUGGGAUGGAUUUGAUUUGGAGGCUGUGGGACUUUCUGGUGUGACGACUUGUAAAGUAUUGUUGACAUCAAGAACUCGUGAAGUAUUAUCCGGUAAGAUGCAUACACAAAAAGAGUUUGCACUUGAUCUUUUAGGGGAAGAAGAAUCUUGGAGUCUGUUCAAGAAGAAGGCAGGUGAUGUUGUUAAAGAUCCUUCCAUAAAAGCUGUAGCAACCAAAAUAGCCAAAAAAUGUGGAGGUUUGCCGGUUUUAGUUGUCACUGUGGCAAGUGCCUUGAAAAAUAGAAGUACAUUAUAUCAUUGGAAAUAUGCGUUGACACGUUUGAAAAAGUUUGAUAAAGAAGAGUUCACAGAAAAGACUUACUUGGCUCUAGAGUGGAGUUAUAUACUUGUUGAAAUAUGGCAUUGGCUUGGGUUUGUUUAA